AUGGCGGACUACAACCGUUCUUCGAGUGGUGGUUGGAAACCCGUUCUCGACCCCACCGACAAUAAGACCAUCAUCGGCCACCACUGGCGCCGCCAUGACUACGUCCCCGGCGAGGAAGCCUUGGCCCUCCAAACCCUCGACAUGUGGAUUCCCAUCUCCCCAGCCGCCUUAUCCUACGGCAAACCUACCCCCAACACACUUCUCGGGGACGGGGCAAAGGCCCCCUGGCUCAUCUACAUCCACGGCGGCGCCUGGCGCGACCCCGUCAUCGACUCGUCCUCUUUCAACGCAAGCGCCACCAAAAUCCUCUCUGACCUCGCUCAACAACCCCUUGAGCAAAGAAAAAAGACAGUAGCGGGGAUCGCCUCCAUCAACUACCGCCUCUCCCCCUACCCUAACCACCCUACCCACCCUUCCAACGACCCGUAUGACCCCAACCGCACCGCCAAGCACCCUGAUCACAUUGCCGAUGUGCUUACCGCGCUGGGGUUCCUCCGAAACUACUUUGGAAUGAAGGAGUACGUGCUGGCGGGCCAUAGCUGUGGCGCGACGCUGGCGCUGCAGGCUUGCAUGUCGCCCGAGCGGUGGGGGCUGGCUGGGACUGCAGAGUGGCGCGCAGGAUGGUAUAAUGUAGCAAAGCCAAAGGCAGUGGUGGGGUUCAACGGGUUGUAUGAUCUCGCGGGUUUCAUCGCAGAUCCCCCGAAAGGGUACGAGAGGUGGAAGGAGGCGUAUAGGGAGUUUGUUGUGGGCGCGUUUGGGAAGAAGGAGGAAGAUUGGAAAAAGGUGUGUCCUGGGAGUAUCGCGGAGGGGUGGGUGAGGGAGUGGAAUCUGACUCAACAACAACAAGGGGAAGAAGGGAAGAAGAGGAAGGUGGUGUUGGUGCAGAGUUUGGAGGAUAGUUUGGUGCCGGUGGAGCAGACGGAGGGGAUGGCGGAGUAUCUGGAGAGGGAGAGCCAAAAGGUGGCAGACGAGGAUAAAAAGGUUGAGGUGGUGGUGUUGAGGGAGGAGAAGGGUGGUGACCAUGAUGAGGUUUGGAAGAAGGGGGAGAGGUUGGGGGAGAUUUUGCUGGGGGUUUUGAAUGGGGAGAUUUGAGCAUCUGCUGUGAUAAGCUACGGGUUACAUGGGCUGUUGUUCGGUUGGAGGCAAAAGUAUGCCCUUUUCAAACAUCCAUUGAGCGUGGUCAAGGUUCCCAGACAAUUACACAUUGGAUGCAGAG